CUAAAAUUGGAUAUAGGUUACAUUGUGGUAAUCGUCAGUAACAUAUCAGAUCAUUGCUUCAUAGAUGUGGAUGAUGUUAUUAUUCAAAUAAAUGAAACUCGUCAGUGUGUCUCUAAUUGGACUUAGUCAACCAAUUUGAAAUGUCAAAGUUAUAAUGUGCACAGAUAACAGGAAUGUUGGUCGCAAUCUUAAUUUUACGUCAACAGAUUAUUAUUCAGAAACUCUCAAGGAAGGUGGUGUCAAGCAAGCGAUAAUUCCGGUUCUUAUUUGAUAGGCUGUUUGUACUAAAGUGUUUUGUUAAAGAUUCAUAUUAUUUAUUAUUGCACAGAAAGAGAAUGUUUUAGAAUGUUGUUAAAGUAGCUUCGUAUUGUAUGGUGUACAAUGUUGCGUUCAGAUAUGAAAGUCGAAGAUGCCGGCUUAGAAGUGUCCUGUUCUUGGGAAGUCGCAAACAAAAAAUGUAUAAGCAAUACGGUUACUUUGGGCACAAGUUUUAUAAGAGGAAAAAAGGAAGACCUAGAAAAUAUAGUAAGCUUGGAUACCUGCAUUCUUUUGAAAAACCAAGAUGAUGCAUCGUGUUACUUGAAACUGAAACUCAGUUUGAUAAAAGUUUGGCAAAUAAAGACGGUAGCCAUUGUAUCUGAGGCAAGAAUAAUUGAAGUAUAUGGAAAAUGUGAAGAGUACAUGACAACUUGUCAUGCCGAGUUUUUUGAUGAAUGUGAGGAUAUGUCAGUAUACAUAGCAGAAGCUGAACUGUCCCAGCCAUCUUCUGAAUGUACCCUGAAGUUUGCUCGAUUAAAAAGGAAGGAUCAGAUGUGGCUAUAUGGGAUCCAUGUUACAAUUGAGAAAGCAGAAUCUUUUAUUUCACCACAUUUGUCAGUAAACUUUCAUAAUGUGAACAGAAUUCUGAAAGAUUCAAGCCAUCAGCUGACAGAGAAGGCUGAAAAAUGCAAGAAAUUUUUUCAGCUUUAUGGUCCAUUUCUGGAUACCAGUAAAACUCAGAUAAAGGGUCCAGAUCCUCAAAUUCUUAUGAAGAUAUUUGAAUCUGAAUAUCUUGCACAACAAACUCCACUGAGUGCUAGAGCCAAGAGUGUUUCAAAAUGUCUCACAGAAAUAUUUCCUGGACUUUCAACACCAAUGAAAGAGACGCCUGAAAGUGACGGUGAAGCCUGUUUCACAAAUGACAUUGGAUGUAGCAAAGAAAUGGACAUUUCUUUGAAAUUGGUGCAUAGUUUAGAUGCCUUGAAACAUCACAUCGAUCAGAGGUUUAGUGAAUGUGAGAGACAGAUUGCUGUUAAAGUUGAAGAGAAGCUGAUGGAAUUAGAAAGGAAACAGAAUGAAAAAUUGGAUUCCAUAAUGAAAUGUGUAGAAGACCUAAGGAGUGCUCUGAACAUCAGAGGUCCUGAAGGAUAAUUUAUGUAGGCUGAAGGUGUUGGUAUGCUUUGUCAUUCCAUCAGUUUCCUUGCCUGUUACAUGUUAGAAGGCUAGAUGAAAGCUUUUUCAUUAAUCUGUGCUUAAGAGCAGUGUUUCUUAGCCUAUGGUACGCGAACCAACGUUGAGUGGUAUGCGAACUAAGUAAGAAAGUCAGAAGUUAAUACUUACUUGCUUAAGCCGUCCUUUUGAACCUAUCAGUAUCGAAGGUUAAGAAGUGUCAUUUCUUUUUAUCCGUUGUUAUUCUCUUUCCUUCUGUGAGACUGAGAUCUCGCUCCUGCAGGGCAUCUGAAACGUCGACAAGCCACUUCUGGCGGGGACGACCUCUUGAUCUGCGUCCCUCAUCUCUGCCUUUGUGCACUAAUUACGGGGCUCUUGUCAACUGGCAUUCGCAUGAGAUGGCCAGACCAGCGUAUUGACUCUGCCGGUCCUUUACUCUAAGUGGGGUCAUGUCCAGAUUCGAAUGAAUCUUCUGGUUGUGAAUGCGAUCUCUGCGAGUCUACCCCUCUCCCUUGCGCAGGCAAUGCAUUUCGGCAGCUUGCAGUCGACUUCGACUUCGCUCGGUCAGGCACCAGGACUCCAAACCGUACAUCAGCUGGGAAGGUAGGUGGACUUGCCUUAUCGAGUAGAACAGUUGACCAGCUGCUGCAGUACGCUCGUUUAUGUCUGUGUCCAGUCUGGGCUCCUUGUGGAAAUGGCUUCCGAGAUACUUGAAACUGCUGACCUGCUCGAGUGGUUCUCCGGCCAGCCUGAUCUGGUGUGCAGUGUCGCUCUUUCAACCACCAUGGUCUUGGUCUUUGCUAUAUUGAUUUUAAAACCUCUCGAGCGUAGUUCUUCUUCCCACAUGCCAAGAUUGUACUCCAACUUCUCAGCACUUUCUGCCACCACAACGAUGUCGUCGGCAAAUAGCAACUCUGACACGAAAACUGGUCGUAGCUUGUAGUUCCCUAUCUUGCAUUGUUCAGCCCGUGACUUGUGGUUCUUCGUUACUAUGUCCAUCAGGGUAAUAAAAAAUAAAGGACUAAGGUUGCAUCCUCAUGUUAAACUGCUGUGACUCCAAGUUUCCAGUCCUCACUAGGCUUGAGCUAUUAUAAUAGAGGAUUUGGAUGGUGGUGGUGUGGGAUGUUCUUCUCCUCCAGAGCCCUCCAUAGUGCUUGUCUCUGGACCCGAUCAAAAGCCUGCUCAAGGUCGAUGAAUCCUAGGUAAAGCUCCCUGCUGUACUCGAUGGCUUUCUCGCAGAUAGAGCACUUGGUGAAAAUCCAGUCCUGAGUGCUCCUGUUUGGUCUGAACCCUGCUUGCGACUCCUCUAGACUUCACUCCACUCGUGCUCUCAGUCUCACCUCCAGAAUUUUGGCAUACACCUUCCCUGGUACUGAGAGUAGAGAGAUCCCUUAGUGGUUUUGGCACUCUGUUGUCCUCCUUCUUAAAGAGAGGGAGAAUGACAGCCAGUGUCCAGUCUUGAGGUACUUUCUUCCAUCGCCAUGCCAGAUUCAGAAGCUCCAGGAACUUGCUCUCUGCCAAAGAACCCAUGUACUUCACCAUCUCUGGCGUGAUGCAGUCGUACCCUGCUGCCUUUCCAAGCUUCAUUUUCUGAUUAGCUUUAUUGAGCUCUCCUGACGUGAUGCCCCUGCCAGGAUCUUCCAGAGUGAAAGUGUUGUCAGCCUCUACUGCAUCGGCUUCUGCACCGUCAUUCAGUAGCUCUUUGAAGUGUUCCCGCCACCUUUCCAUGAUCUGGGUGUCUUGUCGCAACAAGCUGCCACUCUUGUCUUUGACAAACUUAAUUGGACACUCCUUUUCUCUCUUCAUGGACUUCACGGUUCUGUAAAACAACUUCUGUUUCUCCUUGUGUGCCGACUCCAUCUUCUCUCCAAAUUCAGCCCAGCUCUUCUCCUUGGCAGCUUUGACUACAUCCUUCACCUUUCUAUUCUGGAUCUUGUAUUCUUCUAGGUCUUGGUCAGUUCUCAUUGUCAAGUACCUCUUCCACCUCUCUUUCUUCAGCUUUACCUCUUCUGACCACCACACAGUUUUCUUGCUACUUCUACCGCCUACAAUUGUUACUCCUCAAACUGUCUUCGCUGCUUUAAUCAAUCUGUUCUUGAAAGUCUGCCAUUGGUUCUUCAGGUCUCCCUUGUUGGCCUCAUCCUGCAAAAUGCAGGCUACUUCAUCUCUGUAAGCUGAUCUCACUGCCUCAUAUCUCAGCUUGUAGCUCCGGAUCUUCUCUUUAGUGGGAACUCUUCUCUGAACCCUGGCUCUCACCUCGAGGUCUAGGCUCACUAUCUGCAGGAAAUGGUCGCUGCUUAUCUCUGCUCCUCGGUAGACCCUCGCAUCAUGGACGCGUCAAAAGUUAAUAUUAACAUUAAUAAGUUUUCCCUGAACGCAUUUGAUUAGUGGUAAAUUUAAUGUGUUAAAUUAGUUUUUGUGGUAUGCCAGCAAAAAAGGGUGAGAAUGAGCUCAAUUGUUUUCAAGGCAAUGGGCAAGUCGUUCAAACCAGUUAUGAUUCCAACUAAGGUUUUCAGAUGAAACUGGCCUUAUGGGAAUGCCAGCUGUAUGUUAGUAACUAUUCUCACUUUCCAGCGUUAACAGAGGUAAGUGGAAGUGGGAUGCGUUCAGAAAAAAUAUAGUAACUGCAUCAGGAGUUUGAGGAAUUUAAUUACAGAUUUUCUGACUUCAAAGCAAGAGAAAUAUUAAUAAAAAUCUUCCCUUCUCCAUUCAUGGUGAAAAUUGAUGCCACAUCAAGAAACCAACAACUAGAAUUUGCCAAUUUUUGGAGUGACUUAACACUAAAGGAAAAGUGUUGUAGUUCAUCACUUACUGAUUUCUGUUCAAAAUAUGUUUAUUCCACAAAAUACCCUGAAAUCAGAACUGAGGCUUUGUUAAUGUUGUCAUUGUUUGGUGAUACGCACUACUCUGAGCAGCUGUUCAGCGUAAUGAAGAAUGUGAAAUGAAGAACUAGGAUACAUCUCACUGAUGAAUACUUGGAGGGAUGCAUGCGAAUCACAAUAGCAGAAAUUGUGUGAUAAUUUACAUAUUAAGCAAGCAGAAGCAGCUUCAGGUACCUUACUAAUGACUGGUUCAUUUAAAGAGAACUGUUGAGUAAUGUUUGAACAUGUAAGUUAGUAGCAUUGUUAAUAAACUAUGUGUCAAUAA